GGCACCCAUUCGACCGCCACGAGGACGGUACGGCGGGCACCCUACGGCGGAGAGGCGUGGGGGGAGCCGCGGGUGAGGGCAGGGCAGCGGGUGGGCAGGGCAGGAGGGCUGCACCCCCUUUCCUGCGGGAUUUUGGCCAUGGUGCGGGUGGUCUGCGUGCCACGUCCCAGCCACGCUCAGAGACGAUGGCCGGUCUCGCCGUGCUCCUGAGCUGUUGCGGCAGUGCCGCCAGGCACAGGGCGAUCCCUGUGUGCCACGGGGGAUGCGUGGUGGGGGCUCCACCUCCAUCCCCCUUCUUCUGUGGUCGCAGGAUCCCCCCAGCACCAGCCCGCCGGGCAGCUGGGGCCGUGCUGCGGCGGGUGCCGGGCCAGUGGCACGCUGGUGCACGAGGGGCAGCUAUGGGGGGCCUGGCCCAGCCCCUCCUGCUGCUGGGACCCCCGGGACGGCUGCGCCCUGCCGUACCCCUGCCACCCCACGUGGCCCAGCGGGCCCGGCGCGCCGGCAUGCUCCGUGGACAGCCUGACCAGCACCGUCUUCUCCGUGGCCAUCUCGUCCGCCAGCACUGCCAGUCCACCAGCACCGCGCUGCCCCGGCGCUGAGGGGCCUGUGGAGGAGACCCUCAGCGCCAUGCUGGCAUCCUGCCGGCUCAGCGCCGAGGCGGCCAUCGACCGCCGCUCCUUCGUCACCAGCGGCCUGGCCUCCCAGCUGCUGGAGGAGCUCCUGAGCCAGCAGCUGCCAGCGACCGAGCCGGGGCCGGCUGAGGGCUCCGAGAAGCAGUGCCGCACCGCUGCCGCCUCUUCCUCCUCCCUGGAGAGGCUGCGCCGGCACGACCGCCACUUCCAGCGGGCCAAGGAGCACUUCCAGAAGCAGGGCUGGGCGCCAGCCGCCAACGCAGACCAGGACACCGCGGUGAUGCCGUGCCAUGGGCAGCCCCAGGAGAGCCAGGGCCAGGUGCGCUGGGGCCAGGGGAGUGCGGCGCAGCCGUGCCGCCAGGCCCGCGGGCACCCCUUCUGCGGCGCGGCCUGGCACGCUGCCCACGGCUGCUGCGCCCGGGUAGAGACGGUGAACAGCGCCUGCCCGUGGGACGGGGACCCGGGCACCGUCUCCCACACCUCCCGCAAGCCCCGCGGCGAGCGUGGACGCGGCCGGGGUUCCGCCGGCCAGCCCCCCCUGUCCUACCCCGGCACCUGGGCACCGGCUUGGAGAGAGCCCCAGCAGCGCCCAGAGAAGUGCUGGGGCUCCCCGCGGGACGCGCCAGCCGGCCGGCCUGCCCGUGGCACCGCGAGCGUCCCCGGGGACAGCCAGCGCUCCUGCACCGGCACCGCCUGUGCCAUGCUGAGCCCAGAGCCAGAGCACUGCUGGGGAGCCGCCGGCUCCGUGCCCAGGGUGGGCAGGGAGCCCCGCCGGGAGCCAGAGCCCACCCAGCAGCCCCGUGCCCAGCAGCUGCAGGGCCCCGCCAGGAUGCUGCGCUACCGCGACGGGGAGCCGGCACACGGCUGCGGCUCGGUGCCAGGCUGCCCACCGGGCCCACGGAGCCGGGGCGGCAGCAGGAAGGAGCUGCGCUCCCGGGAGCGAGCGGGACAGCGGGACGCGACCCAGAGCCACCACGGCCGCCGCGAGCAGGAGGAGAUGCUGGUGCCGGAGAGCUGGAGCCGGGGGCAGGAGCGGGGCAGGGAGCCCGGUACUCCCGGCAGGCAGCGGCAGGAGGACGGCAGGCAGCGGCCCCCCACCCCGGACAGAGAGGGGUCCCUGGAGUGGGACCCCAGCGCCUGCCCAGGCACCACGAACAUGGUGCGGUUCAUCGCUAGGUCCUUCGAGCUCAGGGCCCAGCAGGACGCGGCACGAGCCGAGAGGGAGCGGCAGGCCUGGCACUGCCGGGGAGCCAGGUCUGCCAACAGCCCCCCCGGCUGCUCGGGGGGUGACCCUCGGGCCCAGAGCUGGCUGGUGGCAGAGGCUGCGGAGUGUGGCACAGCCGGGGCGCAGGCAGCGGCCCAGCCCUACCGGGGCGGCAAAGCUGGGGGCCGUGAUGGCGAGGAGGGCAGGCGGCGCGGCGGACACAGCCAAGCUCCCUGGUGCUGAAUAAAUCCCUGCCGGUGACUGACCCCCAAGUGCCGUGCGCUGCCGUGGCUGGAAUGCCCCGGGGAGACGGGGAGAUGCGUGACAUGGGUCCCCAGCCCUUAAAGCCUGCAGCACCUUCAGCG